UAGUCCCUGGCAAGACCAUGGCCUUCAGGGGGCCUGAACCCUGGGUUCCUGCAUCCCUGCAAUACCGGAGGCUGAAGGCCGAGGAGAAGGAGCUGGAUCUGGAGUUCGAAGUCUUGAGUGUGGGGUUUAAUGAGGAGGGCAGAUAUGCCCUGCGGCUUACAGCUGAGAACCCCCUGCAGGCCAGCUCUGGGGCUGGGGUACUGUUGCAGGUAAAUGAUGGGGACCCCCUCCCUACCUGCUCUGCUGUCACCGAUGUCAUUGAGCAGCAGGAUCCUGGCCAGAACCUCGCCCUUACCGGGAACAAGUUUGUCUUUACUUUGCCCAAAGGGUUCUGCAAGAACGACUGGCAGCACGACGCGCAGCUGCGCGUCGAGGCGCUGCGACUGGGCGGAGCCUCGGGAUACCCCGCCCAGCGAGUGGGCGAGGCCAUCUUCCCGGUCUUCCCGCGCCCGGACCAGCCCCGCAUGAACCUGUGGGCGCGGGAGCACGAGGACCUGUACCGCUACUGCGGCAGCCUGGCCCUGCUGCGCGCCAGCGCGGACCCCACGGCCCGCCACUGCGGGGGCCUGACCUACAGCGUGGCCUUCCGCGAGCACCGGGCCCCUCAGCCUCCAGCCCCAAACUGCCCUCCGGGGGCCGGCCAGCCAGGACCCGUGAGCCCAGAGGAGCCCCUGAACACCUCACAGAGUGUGGAAUCUGUCACCAGCCACCUGUCUCCCCCUAAUAAGGAGACCAUCAUGGUCACUAUCCAUGGGGCCACCAACCUACCCACCUGCAAGGAUGGCUCUGAGCCGUGGCCAUACGUGGUAGUAGAAACCACAUCUGAGGAUGUGAAGGACCAGAACGCCACGGCAGCCACAUCUGUGACCACAGAGCCCACCAUAGCCCCCAUCUGGGGGGACACGGUCAAAGUGGAGCUCCAAACUGAGGAUGCGGGACAAGAAGAUAUGGUCCUCAAGGUGAUGGACAAUAAAAAUAAAGAGGAGCUAUUGUCUUACCAAAUCCCCAUCAAAUACCUGAGUCUCUUCCACCCCUACCACUUUGAGCUGGUGAAGCCCACCCAGUCUGGGAAAGCUGAGGAAGCCACUGCCAAGACCCAACUGUAUGUGACCAUCAUUCGGAAAGGCAGUUUCUUCCACCGUGACAUCGGCAGCAACCACACAGCUUUGGAGGUCUUUCUCCGGGGAAUCAACGAGCCCCUGGUCAACAACCCUGACCCCAUGGUGGUCAUUGCCAGGGUGGUUCCCAACUACAGUGAUUUUAAGGUCAAUCAAAUGAAGCAGGACCCAGCCUUCGUGGGGCUGCCCAUCACCCCACUCCCCUUCCCAAUCCCGUCUCUUCUGCACUUGGAUGUUCCUCGGGUCAGCCAGAACGGGUGUCCUCAGCUGUCCAAGCCUGGGGGACCCCCGGAGCUGCCCUCAUGGAAUCAGUCCUUCCUCUUCCAAGGCCGAGACGGAGCCACCAACUUCUCGGAAGACACAGCCCUGGUGCUGGAGUUCUACCCCUCGACUUCCAUGAAAGGCAGUGAGCCGUGGACCCUCAGCAAGCCCCUGGGCAUCUCCGUGUUGCCGCUAAAGAACCGUUUGUACCGCAAGAUGCUGACAGGGAAAGGUCUGAAUGGGCUGCACGUGGAGAGGCUCCCCAUCACUGACACCAAGCUGAAAACCAUAAAUGGUGAGGCCCCCACAGUGGAUAUCUCCUUCCAGCUGCUCUCCUCUGAGAAGCCAGAAAACUUCUUGACACCAAACAACAGCAAGGUUCUGCCCAUCCUAGACCCCAAGAUCUUAGAUGAGAAGCUGGGUACCAUCAAUGCGUCCAACAACCUGGUGAGCUCUACAAUGGACUGUAGCACAUCUGCCUCUCAGGAAGCAGAGGAAGAACCUCUGGUGCCCAAGAUAUCCCACGAAAUGGAGGUGAACAACUACCGGCGGGCCAUGCAGAAGAUGGCAGAGGACAUCCUGUCGCUGCGGAAGCAGAUCAGCAUCCUGGAGGCAGAGAACCACACGCUGAGGAGCCAGCUAACCCAGGGGGAGGUGGAAGAGGAGCAGAACGACACCAACAAGAGCCAGAAUCUGGUGUCCAUGAAGCAGAAACUGCUGCUGAGUGAGCUGGACAUGAAGAAGCUGUGGGACAAAGUGCAGCAUUUGCAGAAUGAGCUGAUUCGAAAGAAUGAUCGAGAGAAGGAGCUACUCCUCCUGCACCAGGCUCAGCAGCCACAGGCCGCGCUGCUGAAGCGGUACCAGGACAAGCUGCGGAAGACGAAAAUGCUGGAGGAGACUGUGCGGCACCAGGAGAAGGUGAUCGAGAAGAUGGAGCGGGUGCUGGAGGACAAGCUGCGGGACCGGAAGGAGCCCCUGCUCACCAGGCUGCAGGGAAAGCCCAGCGUGGCCUUCCCUGUGCUCUCAGCCUCUGGCCUUCCCCCGGGGCCCGCAAGAGAGAACCUGCCCGUCGACCUGUACUCCGCGCUGCUGGCAGAAAACUCCAGGCUGCGUGCAGAGCUGGAUAAGAACCGCCACCAGUCGGCCCCCAUCAUCCUGCAGCAGCAGGCCCUACCGGAUCUCCUUGGCAAUGCUUCAGACAAGUUCAACCUUCUGGCCAAGCUGGAACGAGCUCAGAGCCGGAUCCUAUCCCUGGAAAGCCAGUUAGAGGACUCGGCUCGACGCUGGGGACGAGAGAAGCAGGACUUGGCCACAAGGCUGCAGGAGCAAGAGUAUGGCUUGGGGCAACCCUCAAACUCCAUCAUCACUGACCUGCCUCACUACUCGGCCCUCUCCAAGGACAGCAGGCGACCCUCAAAGCUGGACCCCUUGACGCCCAGCUCAGAGACCAAGCUCAACAAACCCUCGAACUCCCAGAAGACCUGAGUCUUAGCAGACCUGAGUGCCAGAGCAGGCCUCCCUGUGUGCUGGGGAGUCUCAUUCCACUCCCCCCAAAUGACUCCAUUAAAUGCUGUAAGUCCGUGA